AGGAAGCUCGCAGCUCGAGACACAAGAGGAUUUACAGUACUUAGGCCCGCAGCGGCGUUCUGAAGAUCAGCAUCACCUCUAAAAUUAUGCACAUCUCCUCUGGAUCUCUAUGCCUUUUUCUCUUGGGCCUCGCGAGCUUUGAACCUGUCGUCUCUAUUGAAUGCCCGCGUUUUUUCUUGCAGGCGAAGGUGCGCCCGAAUGGCAAGCGCGGAAUCAUGGCCGGUAGAGGCCAGGCCAAGGUUACGGUCACACUGCACAGUGAUGGUCCCGCAAGCAAUAUUCAAGUUGGUUUGGCCCUACCAAACGGAUUAAAUGUCCACAAGACUGCAACAAAACCGUCCAGCAAAUUAUACACGCCUCAAAUCGUCCGGGAUCUCGAUGGAACCACCGAGCUUUUUUGGGAAGGAAUCGAUUUUACCGAUCGCAAACGAAACAAAGGCCGGUUUCGAGCCAAAGCUGAUGUUGAUUCUUGUGCGCCCGAAACGCUGGCCAUCAAUGCGUAUGCAUUUGUGGUCAACGCAACGGAUGUUUCCUGUAUUACGGAGCUUGUUACCCCGACAAUCAUCAAUGUGCGAUAUCCGAGCCUCAGAAGAGGCGCCACUUGCGCACCGACCCCAGCCCCCACCAUAAAUCCGUCAGACCCUUUUGUUCCUGUUGGGGAGGGAUUGCGCUUCUCACGAGGGGGCCAACUGGCGCCAUUUCAGCGUCGUGCUCUGUCAACGCCGUCCGGGUUGAGCAGGGACAUGAGCCCUGCAUCUCCAGAGGGAGGCGCAUGGCGACUUCUGCAAACGAUUAAUACACCUGCAGACUGUUAUGCUUACUGCUCGGUGAACGGGGGCCAGCCACCACCUUUUUUAUUUGAAUGGAAUAGAGUGACCCGCCAAUGCUACUGCUGCAUGGGGACAUGCACGCCUUUCGUGUUUGAUCCUGCCUUUGUCGUCUUCGUGGGCCUUGUGCCCCCCACUUCCGCGCCGACUACACCGACACCAGCACCUACUGCUAUGCCUACGAUAGCGCCAACACCAAGUCCCACCGCGGUACAAAAUGGUUCCUUGUCGUUAGGGCCGGGAGAGGACUAUUUAAACGUGGCUGUUGUGAGCGGCGAUUUUGUGUAUUUCGGCACUGAUACCCCCACGGCAAAGCUGGUGAAGGUGAGGCUUUCAAACUUCAGCGUAGCCGACAGCCUCGAUUUUGCCUUCGGACAAGGUUACCUCAAUGCAGGUUUUGCGAGCGGGGACUACGCAUAUUUCGGGACUUUUACCUUACCGGGGGUGGUACUAAGGGUGCAUCUGCCGAGCUUCACGCCGGACGGCAACGUGACAUUUCUUCCCCAAGAAAAUUUCAUCGAUACAGCUGUCAUAAGCGGAGACUACGGCUAUUUUGGGACUGAUCUAGAAACGAAUGGUUUGGUGAUGAGAGUUGAUCUUACCACCUUUACUCAAACUGGAACCCUCAAUCUCGAGACUGACGAGGCCAGUCUUUUGAGCGCAGUUAUCAGCGGAAAUUACGCCUAUUUUGCCGCCUCAACGUCCCCUGGGAAGGUGAUCAAGAUAAAUUUAUUGGACUUUUCUCGUGUCGGCGCCGUAGAGUUCCAGCUGGGCCAGAAUGAGCCUGUUUCAGCUGUUCUGAGCGGGAACCACGCAUACUUUGGCACGUACACUGAUCCAACAGGCAUCGUUGUGCCGGUAGACCUUAGGAGCUUCACAUUGGGCACUGCGGUGGUGCUCACUGGAAAUCCACUCUUGACUUCGGCAGCUGAGAGCGGAGGCUAUGCUUAUUUUGGAACUUCCACUCAGCCGGGCGUCAUACUGAAGUUGCUAGUUUGAAUAUUGUACAAACAUUUAAGGUUUGGACAAUAGUCCCGUAUUGAGUGACGAGUGCUUCAUCUUCACGUUCGUCAAGCUGGUGUAAUUUAAAUAAUCUAUGAAGAUGUACUGACCAUUUCAAGCUAUAUUCCCGCUCUUUCAUGAAUUUGAAAUGAGAAAGGGAUUUCAGCAUGGUUUGUGCAUGGAUUUUUAUACGCCGUUCGUUAUUUUGCUAUUUAAUUGUCCAUUAUCAAGAUAUCGAUGGAAGUUGAACUAUAUUAUCGGUGGCGAGACGAAGUCCGAAAAUCGCUGCGUAAGAAUCAGUAUGGCAAAUCGGCCAUUCAUUCUGAAAUUAAUACGACUCGCAGCGAGAAUGGAAGCCCAGGAAUGUUCAGUAAGAUGAAGACUUUAGGUGAAUGGGUCCGAGGGUUACCUUGACAAGGAAGGAGAAAUGCACUGUGGAUCAUGAGAACAUGUGAAGAAACAAAGAAUUGAUGAUA